CCGCGCAUGGAUCGCAUUUAAAUCGGUAAAGACGAAUUGUGAAGGAGUUUUGAUUUACGAGAUGCUGACUCCACACGCUAACUUAGCAAGGCUGCGAAGUUGGAUAUCCGAUAUCCAUCUUUCUUUACCAUACUCCUACACGAAGCAACCGUCACAAUCUUCAAAUCCAUCAUCCGCCACCAAGGGGAAGGAAUCCAUGGAAGAUAUCAAGCAAAUACUGUCUUUCAAGGUCGACAAAUCACAAAUCAAACCAGGCGAUCACAUCUAUUCAUGGCGUAAAGCUUGGCUCUACGCUCAUCACGGAAUAUAUGUUGGUGACGAAAAGGUGAUCCAUUUUACCCGGGGUGGGGGUCAAGAGAUUGGCACUGGAACAGUGUUGGACCGCAUUCUUCUAAGUUCAUCCCCAUCUAAUUCUGGUGAUCCUUGCCUGAAAUGCGGUGAUCAGUCAAAUGCUGAUGGUGUCAUCGCUUCAUGCUUGGACUGUUUUCUCUCUGGCGGGGACCUUUAUCUGUUCAGAUAUUCAGUUUCUCCAAUCAUUUUUCUGGCCAAAGCCCGUGGUGGAACGUGCACUCUUGCCAAUUGUGAUCCUCCCGAGGAUGUCGUUCAUCGUGCUCAGUUCCUGCUUGAGAAUGGCUUCGGAGGCUACAAUAUUUUUAAGAAUAACUGUGAAGAUUUCGCAAUAUACUGCAAGACCGGCAUACUGGUAUUCACGACCAUCAGUGUCGGCCGAAGUGGGCAGGCGGCAUCCUUUUUAGCUUUUACCAGUGCCGCUUUCUCGUCUCCACUUCGUUACAUGACCUCCAGUUUCCCAGGGUUGGCAGUUGUGGGGUGUGGAAUAUAUUGUAUAAGCCGGUAUGUUGCCGAUAUUGGGAUGCGUCGUGAUGUCACGAAAAUUUCGGUUGAGGAGCUUGUUGGUAGCGCACGCUUAGCUGAACCCCUAGCUUUGAUUGAAACAGACAUGGUGCCCCAUGCUUGUGUUAAGGAGCUCGAAGCUUUGAUUUCGAAAGACAGCCAAGUUUCGGUCGAGCGGCUGGAGGUGGCUGAAGCCUUGGUUGAGGAGGCAAAGGUGGCUGAAGCUCCUGUUGCAACUGCUGUGGGAAGUUAGCCUUGGCAUGUUGUUUGCAAAUGAAACAAAAAGCCAAGUGUUUCUAUCAAACUCUAUAUAUAAUAUGUUAAUGUUUUGAAGAUGAUUCGUUGUAAUGGAGUCUUAAAGACUGAGGUUUGUGAUUUCAAUUGGAUUGCUAAUGUGUGAAGAAGCUUCAUCGAAGGUUUGUUUUGAUUAUAGGUCGUAAAGUAGUGGGUGGAAUUGAUUUUCGACAAGUAAUUGAUAUAUGAUUGGUAGAACUUAGAGAAAAGUGAAUUAAAAAUGUACCCAAAACAUAGUUUAUGAGCUUGGGAGAUGUAUAUUUGCAUGGGAUCAUGAAUUGAUGCUUAAUAUUUGUG